AUCAUCAAAAAUACAUACAUUCAAAUUUUAUGUUGCUAUAACGAUGAUAUAUACAACUCAUACAACUACCCUCAACUUGUCUACCCUUCUUAGAAACCACAAACUAAUAUGUCAUACAUUUAGUAUACCCCUGACCCACCCCUGGUAUCUCAUUCAAUAAGAACAGAACAUAACAUAUCGUACCUUAUUCCUUCUGUGGGAAAAACUAACCAUGAAAAAGCCUGUAUCUUUAUCUGCAGCUGAAGCAGAAAGCCAGGAGAGACACACCAAUGAUGAAGAUCAAAUUCCUGGAAAUAUUUUAGUUCCCAACGAAAUCAACGUAGCUUGCAACUUCGAGAAAAAGGAUAAUUCAUGGUUCAUUAUAUCUGAUAUCCCAACUGAUCUAUCAAUUCAAAUCGAAGAAAUCACCUUCCAUCUGCACAAGUAUGCACUACUUACAAAGAGCGGUUACAUAAGCCGGAUAGAUUUUCAGCCCAACGACACAGAUUUAGAUCACAACAUCAAGCUCGACAACUUUCCAGGUGGACCAGCAACUUUUGAGGUAGUAGUGAAAUUUUGUUAUGGCGAGCCAAUAGAUCUGAGCCCUGAAAGCGUGGUUCCUCUGAGGUGCGCAUCAGAAUUUCUAGAAAUGACAGAAGAAUUUGAAGAUGGAAAUCUAAUAUCUAAAACAGAAGCCUUUCUAAUGUUCAUCGUACUAGCUUCAUGGAGAGACUCAAUUACAGUACUAAAAGCUUGUGAAAAUCUAUCUCCCUGGGUAGAAAACCUUCAGAUUGUAAGAAGAUGUUGUGAUUCGAUUUCUUGGAAAGCUUUUCAAGACAAGAAUGAGCUAAUUGAUGAUGAAGCUUGGUGGUUUGAUGAUGUAGCAACCUUACGCAUUGAUCACUUUGGUCGAAUAAUAGCAGCAAUGAAGUCAAAAGGAACCAAACCAGAGACCAUAGGUUCCUGUAUCAAGCAUUAUGCAGAAAAAUGGCUGCCAAGCAUGGAAAGGAAGGUAGAUGGGCAAAAAAGGCAGUGGCAUGGAAGAAAAGAAAUGCACUUAAGUAUCUGCAGCUGGACGAACCAAGAAGGUGAAAUUGGCCAAAAUAAGGAGCAAAAGAUGAUCAUAGAAAGCCUCAUCAGUAUGCUGCCCCCACAGAAGGAAGCUGUUUCCUGUAAAUUCUUGCUAUGGAUGUUGAAGAUGGCUAUGAUGUACUCCGCGACACCAGCUUUGCUAUCAGAGCUAGAGAAAAGAGUAGGGUUAGUCUUGCAAGAUGCCAACGUGCAAGAUAUCCUCAUUCCAAGAUGCGGUAACAGAGACCAAGGGAUGCUUAUAAAUUCAUCAGAAGAAAAAACAAUGCACAACAUAGACAGUGUGCAGAGAAUAGUGGAAUACUUCCUGAUGCACGAACACCAAGAACAGCAGCAGCAGCAGCAAAUGACACACGAAUAUCUGGAAGUCAGCAAGCUCCUAGACAACUACUUGGCGGAAAUUGCAACAGAUCCAAAUCUCACCAUAUCUAAGUUUCAAGUUAUAGCCGAAGCAUUGCCAGUGAAUGCCAGACUAUGCCAUGAUGGUCUAUAUAGAGCAAUUGAUACAUAUCUAAAGACGCACCCUUCAAUUUCAGAGCAAGAGCGAAGAAAGCUGUGCAGGAUCAUGAAUUGCCAGAAGCUAUCACUUGAUGCUUGCAUGCAUGUUGCACAGAAUGAUCGACUGCCUUUAAAAAUUGUUAUACAGGUGCUCUUCUCGGAGCAAGUGAAGAUGAGGAGUGCAAUGCAAAGCAAGGAAGAAAAAAUUGGAGGUAAUACACUUGAAGAGGAUGAAAGCUGGUCAUCUACAAAGAAAGAGAUGAAGACUUUAAGAACUGAGCUUGAGAAGGUGAAAGAAAAGAUGUUAGAGUUGCAGAGAGACUACACUGAGCUACAAACAGAGUAUAUAAAGCAGGUCAAUAAGCAACGGAGUAACUCAAACUGGAUUUUUAGUUGGAAAAAGAUUAAAAACAUAUCUUAUUUCAGCGAAAAGGUUGAGGCAGACAAUGAAGAACAUGAAACACACAACCAAGGGGGCAGCACACCUCACAUAAGAAGAAGACAAUCCAUUCCCUAAGAAAUCAUUAAGACAGUUCCAACGUGUGAAAGUUGUUACCAAAAUCAAGAUAUAAUCAGCAAUCAGCAUAGCUAUCACCCAAAUGGUUCACUUCAGAUCAGACACAAUCCAUGAGCCCAUCACCGGAAAGAAUUUAAAUCUCAUUUAUGGAAGUGAACAAAGCCAAAGGAAACAAUAUGUCUACAGAGUACUGUGCACAUGAGAAAAGAAAAAAAAAAAAAAGAAUCCAAAAGGUAG